AUGUUGAGCAAAGCAUGCUUCAAUACUACUAGUUGGAUUGCAAGAGGUGGUAUUAGACUGGUCUCUACCACUGCCUCCUCCUCAAUCAAAGGUGUAGUGCCACAUCUAGCGUUUGGUAGUUAUCACUUCACCACCACUACAACAACAACAACAACAGUGUUAGCACGUGCUUCCACACAUAACAAACACAUCAACAACAGCAGCAGCAAUCAUUGUGGAAGCUUCAAUACAUUAUAUUACAUCGAUCUUUCUAGAGCCAAGAAUAGCAGGAGGUCAUUGUCAACUGUCUCACCUUCAAGUCCUUUGUUGAAGAGUGUAGGAUCAGGUCAGAUCGAUGUAGCACCGCAACAGCACCCGGUGGACAACGACCAACCUGACAAGAGUGUUGAGAAUCAGCAGCCAACAUGGGUCGACAAAUGUCCGCAAUCAAUACAGCCAUAUCUACGUCUGUCACGACUGGACAAGCCUAUUGGCACUCUAUUGCUGCUCUAUCCAUGUUGGUUCAGCACUGCAUUUGCCGCUGCGCCAGGCACACUUCCCGACAUCAAGCUGAUGGUGAUGUUUGCCACUGGUGCCAUACUAAUGCGCUCCGCUGGCUGUGUCAUCAAUGACAUGGCCGACUACAAGUUUGAUCGAAUGGUUGAGCGAACACGCUCUCGACCCCUAGCAUCAAUGAAGCUCACACACAAGAAGGCACUGGCACUGUUGGCCUUCCAACUCGGAGUAUCAUUCUGUGUUCUCCUCACCUUUAACCCAUACACUAUACUACUGUCACUGGCAUCAGUACCUAUCGUCAUUGUAUAUCCAUUCAUGAAGCGCUUUACAUACUAUCCCCAACUUGUGCUUGGCUUUGCAUUCAAUUGGGGCGCACUGGUGGGCUAUUCGGCAGUCCAGGGCUACUGCGACUGGAGCAUAUGUCUGCCACUGUACGUGGCCGGUAUAGCCUGGACAUUGGUCUACGACACAAUCUAUGCACACAUGGAUAAGAAGGACGACGUCAAGAUCGGCGUCAAGUCAACUGCACAGGCAUUUGGCGAGAAUAGCCGUGUUAUACUUUCAGCGUUCUCUGCACUGACCAUUGGCGCACUCAAUAUGGCAGGAAUGGCAGCAUCAAUGCCAUGGAUCUAUUAUGUUGGCACAACUAUUGGAGCACUUCACUUGGCAUGGCAGAUGAAGACAGUGGACUUCCAUGACCCACGAUCAUGUCUUCGCAUGUUUAUCUCCAAUCGAACAUUUGCCCUAAUCAUUCUCCUAACCAUCAUCAUAUCAAGAUACUUCAUGGAUGUUGUCACAGUCACUUUGGAUUGA